GAGCGCUCAGUCAGUCAGUUAGCGUUAACGGAGAGAAGAUGGCGGAGGAAUCCGCCGUUAAAGUGUGCGUUAGGGUCAGACCUCUCAUUAAAAGAGAGGAGUCUGAGAGUUCAGAGCCAGUGCAGCUCUACUGGAGAGCCGACAAACAGGCCAUCCAUCAGCUGGAUGAUGACGGAGCUCAAACCAAGAGCUUCAGCUUCGACCGCGUGUUCAGCGCUGGAGAGACCACCACUCAGCUCUACCAGGACAUCGCAAAGCCGCUGGUCGUGUCUGCCGUUGAAGGCUACAACGGCACGAUAUUUGCCUACGGACAGACAUCUUCCGGAAAGACCUUCACCAUGAUGGGAAGUGAGCGUAACGCUGGGGUGAUUCCUCUCGCCAUGGCUGACGUCUUCAAAACCAUUAAAAAUUGUCCAAAGAAAGAGUUUCUCCUGCGUGUGAGCUACAUGGAAAUCUACAACGAAACGGUCACAGAUUUGCUCUGCGAAAGCUGGAAAAGGAAACCUCUGGAAAUUCGGGAAGGAAACUACAAAAACGUGUACGUGGCUGAUCUGACGGAGGAGCUGGUGACGUCUCCGGAGCAAGCCCUGUCCUGGAUCACCAAAGGAGAAAAAAACCGACAUUAUGGAAAAACAAAAAUGAACCAGCGUAGCAGCCGCUCCCACACCAUCUUUCGCAUGAUCUUGGAGAGCCGUGAGAGAAGUGACCCGGCGUCUGGUGAAAACGCUGAUGGAGCCAUCAUAGUGUCACACCUGAACUUGGUGGAUCUCGCUGGUGCUGAGAGGGCGAGUCAAACGGGAGCUGAGGGAGCCCGCUUUAAAGAAGGGUGCAACAUAAACCGCAGUUUGUUCACACUGGGUCAAGUCAUUAAGAAAUUAUCUGAUGAGAGUCAGAAGGGCUUCUUGAAUUACAGAGACAGUAAACUCACCCGAAUCCUUCAGAACUCUUUGGGUGGCAAUGCCAAGACUGUCAUUAUUUGCACCAUCACCCCAGCCACUGUCGACGAGACCGUCAGCACUUUACAGUUCGCUAGUGCUGCGAAGCGCAUGAAGAACGACCCUCACGUCACGGAGGUCUCUGAUGAAGGGGCUCUCUUGAGAAGAUACCGCAAUGAGAUCGUCGAUCUCAAACGACGUUUGCAGGAGGUUUCCUCCGUCACACAAACGACUGCGACCGAGCGAGAGUCUCUGUGUCAGAUUCUGCAGGAGAAAGACCAGCUCCAGAGAGAGCAGGAGGACAGGAUCAAGAACUUAACCAAGCUACUUGUUACUGCCUCAAACGUCGCCCUAGUCCCUAAGGUUCCCAAGAGGAGAGUGACGUGGGGAGGGAAACUGCUGAGAUCUGCUCAUCUCGUGAAUGAAGAUCUCGCCUCGACGGACAUGAGCUUUGCAGAGCCGUACAUCAAAAAGAGAAGAGCUGAUUAUUCUCUGCCUGAAGAGGGAGAGGAUAUGGAUGAGUUUGACAGUCGGUUUGACUUCACUGCUCUGGACGAACCCGACAUGGAGAUGAGCACCAUCGCUGUCCGCAGCUCCUCUGAAGGGAGUCAUUUCCUAGAUUCUCCCCGAGCGAGCGAGCUGAUGUUGAAGGUGUCGUCUCUAGAGCGUCAGCUGGAGGCAGAGACUCAGAGCAAACAGAGAGCAGAGGAGAUGAGCGCUGAACUCCAGCUGGAGAUCUCUGAACUGCAGAAGAAGCUGGAAGCUCAAGCUGCACCAUCAGAGGAGGAGAAGACCGUGUCUGAGCUGGAGGCGCUGCAGAGUCGACUACAGACGGAGGUUCAGGAGAGACAGAAGGCUGAGGAGAAAAGCUCCUCACUGGAACUGAAGGUGGCAGAGCUGGAGAAACCUUCAGAAGCUCUCCUGCGCUGUGAGAUGUGUGAACAGCUGAGAAAAGAUCUGGAAGAGACCAUUCAGCUCUGUGAGACUGUUGUAUUUGAGAAAGAUGCCAUCAUUGCUGAGCGAGACCUGAUCAAACACUCGCUGCAGCUGGUAAACGAAGAUCUGGAGAGUCUGAAGGCAGAGAAAGACUCUCUUCAGAAAGAUAAAGACGCUCUGCAGAAGGACAUCGACGAGAGGAAAGAUGCAGAUGAGUUUGAGAAACUGGAGCAGGAGAGCAAGAGAGAGUAUGAGAGAGAGUUGGAGUCUGAAAACUCCAAACUGCAGCAGGAGUUAAAACAGUCGGAAGACAUGAUCCAAAAGCUGCAGGCUGAGCUGGCGACGAUUUCAUCGGAGCUUCAGAAGAAGACAGACCUGACCACUGAGCUGCAGAGUUUUAGUGACAAGAAUCUUGUCCAGGAAGUGACACGUCUACGGCGCUCUCUUGAUGAUGCCGAGUGUCUCAGUUUGGAGACCAAGAGAGAAUGGGCCUUCCUGCGGAGCGAGAACAUCUCACUAAAAGAGAGAGACGCAAACCUGACUACAGACCAUGAGAAGAUGGAAGCUGAGGUGAAGAUGAUUCAGGACAAGCUAGAACAAGAGAAGUCUCGCUUCAAGAAGAUGCAAACGGAUCUUCAAAAAGAACUGAUGGGCGCCUUCGAUGAGAACACCAAACUGACCGCUGUGCUGGAUGGAAAAGUGCCAAAAAAUCUGUCCGAUAAUCUCGUGUUGGAGAAAACGGUGUGUGACUUGCGUAAGGAGCUUGAUCAGAGUCACGAGAGGGAGCGACGUCUGCAGAGUAAGAUGGAGGAGUUCGAGACUCUUUCUGUUAAAGCGGAUGAAUUACAGAGACAGGUGUGCGGUUUGUCAGAAGAGCUGCGUUCUGUUGGAGAGGAGAGAGACGCUUUGAGAUCCGCUCAGUCCAGUUUGAGUGAAGCUCAUCAGAGACUGAAAGAAGCUCAGGAUCAGCUUCUGAAGAUGGAGAGCGAUCUGGUUGAGGCUCAGCUGAAGGAAGCAGAACUGACCCAGCAGCUCACAGAGACAUCAGAACGUCUCCAGAACCUCCAGACGGAUCUCCAGCGCGUCACGCAGGAGAGCUGCACACGUCUCGCAUCAUUAGAGGAGGCCACACAGAAGUCGCUGCAGUUGAGCGCAGAGCUGGAGUCUGUCCGCGCCGAGAGAGAUGUGCUUCUGUCUGAGAAGGUGAGGGAAGUUCAGAGCGACCCGGAUGAGACGGAGAACCUGCGACGCACCAUCAGCUCAAUAACUGAAGAGCGAGAGCAGCUCCAGGAGAUUCUGCAGGGCCUGAGAGACCAGCUCAAGAGGGACAUGGAGGAGAAUGUGGAGAUGAUGAUAGAGACUCAAGCAGAGCUGAGAGAUGCUCAGGAGAAGGUGAAGGAACUUCAGGGAAAGCUACACCGCACGGAGUCACAGAGAGUUCAGACGGUCGACCAACAGAAGAGCUGUGAAGAUGGACAGCUGGACAAACUACGAGAUCAGAUAAAGCAGUUAACAGAAGAGCUCAGUGCUGUUGUUGGUGAGAAGAGAUCGGAUCAUUGUGAGCAGUCAGACGUCACAUCUUUAACAGAAGAGAGCGGUCAGCUUCAGGAGAGACUACAGCAGCUGGAGAGGGACAAUAUUCAGAUGAAAACGCAUCUGGAAGAGAAACAUGAGAUGAUCCAGACACUAAAGGAAGAGCUUGAGACUUUAUUAGAGCAGAGAAACCAGCUGAACUUGAACCUUCAAGAGACAUCUCAACAGGUGUGCGGUCUGUCAGAAGAGCUGCGUUCUGUUGGAGAGGAGAGAGACGCUUUGAGAUCUGCUCAGUCCAGUUUGAGUGAAGCUCAUCAGAGACUGAAAGAAGCUCAGGAUCAGCUUCUGAAGAUGGAGAGCGAUCUGGUUGAGGCUCAGCUGAAGGAAGCAGAACUGACCCAGCAGCUCACAGAGACAUCAGAACGUCUCCAGAACCUCCAGACGGAUCUCCAGCGCGUCACGCAGGAGAGCUGCACACGUCUCGCAUCAUUAGAGGAGGCCACACAGAAGUCGCUGCAGUUGAGCGCAGAGCUGGAGUCUGUCCGCGCCGAGAGAGAUGUGCUUCUGUCUGAGAAGGUGAGGGAAGUUCAGAGCGACCCGGAUGAGACGGAGAACCUGCGACGCACCAUCAGCUCAAUAACUGAAGAGCGAGAGCAGCUCCAGGAGAUUCUGCAGGGCCUGAGAGACCAGAGAGACCAGCUCAAGAGGGACCUUGAAGACACUAAUGGGAUGCUCAUGCAGGUCCAGCAGGAACGCAGCGGCUCACACACAGUCACACAGCAUGAUGAACUCCUCCAGCAGUGCAUUCUCUCACAGAUGCAGCAGCUUAAAGAGGAGCUGGACGCUGUGAGUCAGGAGAAGAACCAGUUAAAAUCUGAUCUACAGGAGAAUGUCGAAAUGAUGAUUGAAAAUCAAGAGGAGCUGAGAGGAGCUCUUGAGAAGGUGAAAAAUCUUCAGAAUACUGUACAAGAACUGGAGUCUCAGCGAGCGCUCAUGCAGUCGAAGGACUCUGGAAACACUCCACAGAUAAAGCAGCUGAGAGAGGAGUUGGAGAAUGUGUGCUGUGAGCGAGAGCGUCUGCUGUCUGAACGCUCCAUGAACACACUCCGUGACACCGAGAUGAUGGAGCAGAUGAAGGCCAGCAUCAGCUCUCUGACGGAGGAGCGAGACCAGCUCCGACAGAGCCUCAGAGACGAGGUGGAGCAGCUGAGGACGGAGCAGCAGACGAUGGUCCAGUUGAGGUCAGAGCUCGAGUCCGUGUAUGCCGAGAGAGACCGUGUGUCGUCUGAAAGAACCGGAGACCUGCAGGAGAUGAGCGCCGUGACCGAGGAGCGAGAUCAGCUCCUGGAGACUCUACAGCGGCUCACAGACGAGAGCGAGCAGCUCAAGAGAGACCAGAUGUCCUCCCAUGAUUCUCAGCUGGUCCAGGUGCGAGAGCAGCUCCAGACGGCCUGUGCCGAGAGAGACCGUCUGCUGUCUGAGAAGAGCAAGAGCGAUCUGGAGAACACGCUUCUAGAGGAAGUGCAGAGCAGCCUGGCCUCUGUCACUGAGGAGAGAGAGCAGCUCCUGGAGAUCCUGCAGGUCAACAGAGAGGAGAAGAACCAGCUGAGGAGAGACCUGGAGGACAAGGACGAGACUUUGCUGCAGCUGAGAGAAGAGCUUCAGUCGUCCUCUGCAGAGAAAGAGCGGCUGCUUUCUGAGAGAACCGAAGAGCAGCAGGAGAAGCUAGCAGAGAUGAAGACGGCUGAAGCUAGCAUCACCGCUUUGACUCGAGAGAGAGAUCGUCUGCUGGAGACGCUGCAGAGAGUGAGAGACGAGAGAGAUCAGCUGGAGAAGAGCGAGAUGAUGCUGCAGUCAGUUUGUGCCGAGAGAGACCGUCUGAUGACGGAGAGAGACGCUGCGUGUCACCAGUCCAGCAUGACGUCUCUGAGCAAAGGAGGAGACCUUCAGGAGAUCCUGCAGGGUGUUCGAGAGCUGAUCCAGGUCCAAGGAGAGCUCAAGCAGAAGAAACCCACAGAGAAGCAGAAAGCUCAACUUGAGCAGAUUCAAGCUCUCACUGAGGAGAUGGAGUCUCUGAGGAAUCAGAGGGUGGUGCUCAGGAAAGAGCUUCAGGAGGCAGCUGCGACUUCUAAAAUGUAUCAGGAUUUACUGCACGUUACUAAGGAGGAGCUGAAGAAACAGCAGAAAGAGAACGCAGAACUGAUGGAGCAGAGUGCUGCGAAAGAGUCUCCGCUUCAGCAGCAGCUGAGUCUAAUGAGUGAAGAUCUCUCCGCUUUACGAGACCAGCGAAACACAGGCAUCCAAAACCUCCAAUCAAACCUCCGCUCACUUACAAAAGAGAAAGAUGAACUCCAAGACACGCUGAAGAGAAGCAGAGAGGAGGGAGAAACACUGAGCCUGGGUCUUCAGAAGAGUGAGGAGACGCGAAAGCAGCUGACAGAGGAGCUCGAGUGUCUCGCUGGCUUGAAGGAUCAGCUGGAGAAUGAGAAGAUCUGUGCCGAGAAGAUCCUGGAGUCGUUAAGAGAUGCCACGAAAGAGAGCGAUCAGCUCAAACGAGAACUGCAGGGAAAGAUGGAGAAGCUGGCACACACUGAAUCAAAAGCAGAGCAGCUGGAAAAGCAGAAGAUCCUGCUGGAAUCUGAAGUGCAUUCCCUCAGUCAGUCUCUCUCUGAGGUGAACUGCAGCGUGUCUUCGGAUCAGUCUAAACACCCAUCUGCACAUCUGAUUCCUGGGAUUGAGACGUCUGCUGAGAAACUGCAGGCGGCCUUUGCAACGCUCCAGCUGAUCAUUGACCGUCCCACUAAUGCUUUAGCGGCUAUUAACCGUGAAGAAUGGGCCGUGAUCUAUCAGCUGCUGCAGAUUAUUCCAAAGAAUCAGAGAACCGUCGUCGUUACACACACCAAGAAAACAACCAGACUGAACCAUGUGCUGAUCAAGAUUGCGGAGGCUUACAGGAGACUGGCGCAGCGCUAUAAGACUCGCUUUGAGACGCAGCUGCAGCGUGAUGUGGCCUCGUUUGAGGAGUCUCGCCUGCAGGACCUGCUCGCGCUCACGGCUCCGUCACAGUCUUUCCGAGCGCUCCAGGAUGACUUCCAGCAGGUCUGGGAUCUGAGACUGACAUGUCUGCUGGAAAGAUGGCAGCAGUACUUGCAGACGCUGGAGGCUGGUGUAAGGGUUCUGGAGGAGGGUUUAUCCAAACACGCAGUGAUGGUGUCAGAGGAGCAUCAGCACCGGAUCCGUGAUCUGGAGGAGCUGAGAUCUCUGCUCGGAUCUCCUCAGGCCUCUGCCGUCUUACAGCUGCUCCAGCGACAAAUCUCUCGCCGCUCCAAAGCCACCGAGCAUCUCAACACGUUUUAUUUCGCUCUGUUGAAUCGAUGCGAAUCUGUGCGCUCUCCUCUCAUAUCUGCCUCUGCCGAGUCCGAGCAGCAGCUCGAGGAUCAGAGGAGACAGACUUUAACUCUGCUUCAAGCCCAACACGGCACUUUACCCAAAACUGAGGCUGAACUUCUGCAGGACAAUCAGCGAGUGUCACUGCAGCUGCAGCAGACGCAGAAACAGAUGGAGGAGAUUCAGGAGCAGAUGAAGGAGCUGAAGGUCCAAGCUGACGCCUCAAAUCUUCAGCUCCAGGAGCUCAGCGGCCAACUGAAGGAGAAGGCAGCCCUGAUCCAGAGCUUGCGAGACAAACUUACAGAGUCAGAGGUUCUGGCUCGGAGGAGCAUGACACCAGAAGCUGCUGAUCUCGCCGCCCUCAAAGACAAACUUGUCAAAAUGGAGCUGGAUCACAUCGCGGUCACCACAAGUCAAGAGAAGGAAGUUGCACAGAUGACCUCCGUGUUGGAGCACAGAGCCGAUGUCAUCCGCAAGCUGAAAGAGACCCUGAGGAAAAUGCAACAGGACGAUGAACAGUCAUUCAUAGACGGCGAUGAGUUUGAUCUUAAAUUGUGCUCGAGCACCAAAGAGAAGAAGAUGGAGGAGCUGCAGAAGAAGAACGCUCGGUUUGAGAGUCUGGUGAGCAAGCAGCAGGAGGAAAUCAACAAAUGGAAGCGGAGAGCGUACAAGAUGAAGGAGAGCCAGCGAGACGCUCCAUGCACGCCAACCAAACGCCUUCCUCCUCUGACAGAGACCGAACUCAACUCGCCCAAGAAGACCUUCCUGGACUCGCCCAAGAGCAAGUUCUUUGACAUGCGCUCCAGCGUUCCUGUCCCCCUCCAGCAUCCCCCACAGUUCUUCGAUAACUCCAGCCUCGAGGCGGUGCCAGAGGAUGCCUGUGCGCCAGCCAAGUCCUUCCUGGAUUCUUCAGACAGCGAUGAAGAGGAUUCCAGCUCCAGCGCAGCAUUAAAUGCAGCUCCAAUUAAAGACUGGUGGCAGAUUCCUAACUCUUCACCAGCAAAGCCUGAUGCUAGCGGCAAUGCUAACUCAUGCCCAACGCAGUAAUCGCUGUUGUUUGUCUUUUUCUUGUAUGUUUUUGUUGACACUUUCUGUUUUAAUGU